GUGGAGAGGAGGCCGUUGGAAACGGCCCCCGGCCUUUGUGAUCCGGGAAGAGAAAUCGGCCUGUGCAAUCAAUCUGCUUUAGUUCAUCCAAAUAAUGCCUCGCAGAAGAUCAAACUUAGGUCGUCGUACUCGCAGAGCGGAAGCAGUGCGACGAGUAAUUGCAAAUCAGACUGAGGAAGAACGGGCAUCAGCGAACGAGCGAAACAGACAGAGAAUGGCUCAAAUACGUGCUGAGGAAGCAGCUGAGCAACGUGCAGCCAGACUUGAGGAUGCACGGUUGCGAGCACGGCGAUCGCGUUCUGCAGCUUCACAUCGGCUUCGUUCUCAACAGAAUGAACGCGACAGGCUGAGAGUGGCUGAAAGACGUCAACGAGAAACAGCAGAUCAGCGUCAAACACGACUCCGUCAAAGAACUCACACCGGGGAGAAACCGUUUAAAUGCUUGGAGUGUGGAAAGGGCUUCAGUGUGAGGGUGCAGGCUUUGUUACAUCAAAGAAUUCACACCGGGGAGAAACCAUUUAAAUGCUUGGAGUGUGGAAAGGGCUUCAGUGUGAGGGAGCAGGCUUUGUUACAUCAAAGAACUCACACAGGGGAGAAACCAUUUAAAUGUUUGGAGUGUGGAAAGAGAUUCUCCCACAGCAGUGCCCUUCAUCGCCAUGAAAUCACUCACACAGGGAAACAAGCUUUUAACUGCGUGGUAUGUGGAAAGUGCUUCAGUCAUAGGUCAUCCUUUAUUUCACACUUGAGAAGACCUCACAGAGAGACCUCUUCGGAGAACGGAGAGUCUGAUACCUCAGAGGAAUCUUCUCUUGCUGCAGAUCUUGGGCAAGACGAGGAGUCCUGUGACAGUGACGCUUCAUCUGAGGUUCCCAGCAAACCAUUCAACCCUGUUCCAAGCCAAGCCAUGAUUCCAAAUUCCUCUCCCACCAUCCACAGCUCACCAGAGCACAGUUCACAGUGUAUCACAUGGGAUGCUCAGAGCCAUGGUGGCAGUGCCUACCUGACUCCCAGAGUACCCUUUCGCCCAGGAAAUACACAUGAGUAAGGUCCUACUCAGGAGGAAGGUUGUAUUUAUGAGACAGACUCCAAUGUACCUACAGAACCAGGGUCAGCUAGAAUAUAUGCUGUCCGUGUUCCCCAGAUUUUUCUUUGAUUAACAGCUCCCAUAGAGCUACUUGUCUCCAUUUACAGGUACAAAACAGGAAAAACUAUUUAAGUGUCUGGAGUAUAAAAGGAGCUUGAGACAGAGUGCAUGUCUUACUUUAUAUCAAAGAAGCCUCAGAGUACAAAUGAUUUAGAGUACACCCCUGGACCCUGAUAAAUGUUCUCUAGAGUGUUGAGUGAUCUUCUAGCACAAUGUGGAAGGUGACACUGUGGGCUGUAGAAGAAAGGGGGAAAUUUGCAAUAAAAAACAUGUAUCUCACACACAUACACUGCUUUCCACUUACAGAAGUCUCUAAUAUACUAAUGGGGAUACCUGGAGAAUAUGGAGAUAUAUGGGGGUAGGUACUAGUCAAACCGUAGACUAGUCAAACCCUGGUCGCUGGUACACCUAGGGGUGACCACAUUACACCUCUUUUAAAAUCUCUUCACUGGCUGCUGAUUAGUUUCUGGGCGAAGUAUAAAGUGUUGGUUAUGACCUUUAAAGCCCUACAUGGUUUGGGUCCAGGCUACCUGCGGGAUCGCCUUCUCCUGUACAAUCCGCCCCGCACACUCAGGUCCUCUGGGAAGAAUUUACUCCAGCCAACAAAAACUCAGCUGACAACUGUCACCCAGAGGACCUUCUCUUCUGCUGCUCCCAGGCUGUGGAAUGGCCUGCUGGAGGAGAUUCGUCAACUUAA